AUGGUUUUCUUACAGCAAAAUAGAUCCUUUCUACACACUUUUCUGGGGAUCAAAGAAGAUCCGAUCAUAGGUGCAUCACAGAGCGAGCCAGUGAACAUCUCCAAGGCAGAGCUGGUGAAAAGGAUCAAACGCAGACUAUCGUCAGUCGACGUUCAGAAAGCGAAGGAAGUCGGAGGGAUAUUCGCCUUUCACGUCAUCAAGGGAACUUCUGUCUAUUCUUGGACACUCGACCUGAACGCGGUAACAGUUUACGAGGGCGAACCCGAAGACGAACCUGACACUGUCUUCACACUCACCGAGCAUUACUUCAAGCAGCUCGUCCAAGGGAAGGAAGAUCCAAGAUCGAUAAUGCAGGCAGGACGGUGUUCAGUCACCGGUGACAUCAUGAGGGCAAUGAAACUUGAACCUUAUAUUAGGCUAGAUUAAGUUAAUUAUAACCUGACACAUUAGUAUGCGACCGCAAAAAAAAAGGACUGGUAAUUGUAAUUAUUUAUGAAGUCUACAGAAAGGAAUUCCUCCUCGCG